AUCUAAAUAAGAGAAAAUGGGUAGUAGGGUAGACAUCUUAUUUCUUUCACUUCCACAGGAAUGGACGAAUCACAUUGCUCAGCUUGACACUGCAAUUGAGCGUCACGUUACUACCUUUUGCAAACCCAACAUAACGGAAAAAAGAAACUUCUACGUUUAAUUUCUUUCCAGAACCUUCUCUUCUUUCUGUUUUGGGUUUUGAGAAGCCAUGGCAGCGGAGACUCAGAGAUCCACGGGCACAGUGAAAUGGUUCAACGCACAGAAGGGUUUCGGAUUCAUAGCUCCCGACGAUGGCGGCGAGGAUCUCUUCGUCCACCACUCUGCCAUUCGAUCCGACGGUUACCGUACACUCUCCGAGGGCCAGCCGGUUGAGUUUGCCGUUGAUUACGGCGACGCCGGCAGAACUAAGGCCGUCGAUGUCUCUUCCAUGGCUAGAUCUCGCCCGUUUGGUGGUGGCUUUCGAGGUGGAGGGGGAAGAGGAGGAAGAGGAAGAGGUGGUGGAAGGUUCGGUGGGCGUUAUGGCGGCGGUGAAGGCCGGGGCGACGGUGACGGUUACAGUUACGGAAGAGGUGGAGGCGGUGGUCGUAGAGGAGGAGGUUAUGGCGGUGGAGGAGGCCCUGAGUGUUACAACUGUGGACGAACAGGUCACUUGGCGAGAGACUGUUACCAGGGACAGGGUGGUGGAAACCGGAGACGAGGCGGCGGCGGCGGAAGCGGCGGCGGUGGUGGUGGAGGUUGUUUUAACUGUGGGGAGAAAGGGCAUUUUGCGAGAGAAUGUCCGAACGCUGAAAAUUGAGUGUUGAUUCUGAUCUUUGAAUUCUGUUACUGUUUGUUGGGUACAUAGAUUCUGCAGAUUGUGCGCACAAGAGUAUUUUAUUGUUAAUUUUAAUUUUCA